AUGUCGACCACAGUAUUUCUUGUUCUUCUUAUUGCAUCAUCAUCAAUGAUAGUUUAUGGUCGAUCAUUAACAAAUCCUGAACAAUUUAUGCCACUUCUUUUAUCAUCAUCCGUUAAUGAUGAUAGUUCAACUAGUACACAUGCAUCAGAUGGACGAAGUCGAAUGUUAGAAAUUGUAGCACAUAUUACCAAAUAUGUAUCAACAAUAAAAUCUAAUGAAGAAUUUAUUGAUAAUAUUAUCAAUCAUCACAGUCAAGUAGUUGAUAAAUUAAAAAUACUUCAUUUUUUAAAAAAUUGCUUUCAAAUUACUCACGCAAUCAUUCAACAAGAAAUUAAUUAUAUAACUGAUAUGUUGGUUAUAAAUAAAAAAUCUUCAGCAGCACCAUUACAGACAAUAACAGAAUUACAAGAAGCUCAAGAUAAAAUUGAAACUCUUAUUCAUGUUAUCGAUGAACGCACGAUGUUAUUGAAAACAUGGGCUCCUCCAACAAUUCCUUUUCUCAGUUUUUAA